AUGGCGGAGGCCGUGCGGAACGAAUCUGCUGGCCGCGCCGGAGCUCAGGCUGCCCACGCCAAGGGCCUGCGUGGCGGCGACCCAGGGGCUCUGGCCUCUGACCUUGAACCCAUCAGAUACAAGGCUGAAGAGAGCGAGGACCAGGGCAGGAGGCAUGGGGAGGGGGAGCCAGGUAACAAACAUGUGCUGAGCUGCUACCUAAAGGGAGAUGAGGAGAAGCGAAGGUUCCGUUUCCUAUUGGACCUAAGGGAGCUGAUAGACUUCAAGGCUGACGGCAUGUCCCAUGUGCAGCACAUUAAGAGAAGGGACAUCGUGCUGAAGCGGGAACUGGGCGAGGGAGCCUUUGGGAAGGUCUUCCUUGCCGAGUGCUACAACCUCAGCCCGACCAAGGACAAGAUGCUCGUGGCUGUGAAGGCUCUGAAGGAUCCCACCCUGGCUGCCCGGAAGGAUUUCCAGAGGGAGGCUGAGCUGCUCACCAACCUGCAGCACGAACACAUUGUCAAGUUCUACGGGGUGUGUGGUGAUGGGGACCCACUCAUCAUGGUCUUUGAGUACAUGAAGCAUGGAGACCUGAACAAGUUCCUUAGGGCCCAUGGGCCAGAUGCUAUGAUCCUUGUGGAUGGGCAGCCACGCCAGGCGAAAGGUGAGCUGGGGCUCUCCCAAAUGCUCCACAUCGCCAGUCAGAUCGCCUCAGGCAUGGUGUACCUGGCCUCCCAGCACUUCGUACACCGGGACCUGGCCACCAGGAACUGCCUGGUUGGAGCCAAUCUGCUGGUGAAGAUCGGGGACUUCGGCAUGUCCAGAGAUGUCUACAGCACUGAUUACUACAGGGUGGGAGGACACACCAUGCUUCCCAUCCGCUGGAUGCCCCCUGAAAGCAUCAUGUACCGGAAGUUCACUACGGAGAGUGACGUGUGGAGCUUCGGGGUGAUCCUUUGGGAGAUCUUCACCUACGGAAAGCAGCCAUGGUUCCAGCUCUCGAACACAGAGGUCAUCGAGUGCAUCACCCAAGGUCGUGUGCUGGAGCGGCCCCGGGUCUGCCCCAAAGAGGUGUAUGACGUCAUGCUGGGGUGCUGGCAGAGGGAGCCCCAGCAGCGGCUGAACAUCAAGGAGAUCUACAAAGUCCUCCACGCUUUGGGGAAGGCCGCCCCCAUCUACCUGGACAUCCUUGGCUAGCGGCAGCUGGUGGUCACGGACGCGUACUCUGUGGCCUCCCUCUCCCGGCCUCACAUCGCCCCUCGUCCACCUCACACUCCUUUCUUCCAUCCUGACCGAAGCGAACAUCUUCAUAUAAACUCAAGUGCCUGCUACACAUACAACACUGAAAAAAAAAAAAAAAAAAAAGUGAAAGAAAAAACCUGUAAGGCAGUUUGGCAAAUAUAUAUAUACAUAUAUAUAUAUUUAUAUAUCUAACUAUCUAUCUAUCUAUAUCCACAGAGAGAUACCUUCUCUAAUAGAGAGAGAAACUGCUGAUACAGAAAUCAUAAGACUGUAACAACAACUCAGAAAAAUCUCAAAUCUUACGAACACAAAUGGAAGUCCCCUUUGACGGAAGCUGGGGCCCUUGGUUCUGCAGCUCCAACUGUAUGGAGCCGGAGGCCUCGAUGACGCAGAGAUGGUCUUUGCUGCACUGGGACCAGAGGAGCGGGGAUGGAUCACAGCUGUGCAAGUGGUGACCCGCGCAGGUGCGCUACCCCUCCCCCACCCCCGAGGUCCGCACAGGUGCGUGGGUUGACCCCGACUGCGGCACUCGGGAUGCAGCAGGAAGUAACACGGCCCCGGGGGCCUCUGGAAUGCCUCCCGUCUCCCCUGACUGUGGCUCCACGCCUUCCCCCUUUCCUCCGCUUCAAGACAAUUCUCCAAUUUGUCCAUUCUAGAAAGUAGAGUCCUGACGCUUUUGGAAGUCAAUGAGGGCAUCUACCACUAAACACUGGACAACCAAUGAGCCCCCAAACCAUGGUGACCAUGGACCACCUCCGUCUUGAGUGUAAACCAUGCUCAAGUCCCUUCCUCCAUUGGAAAGACGUGUCAUCUGUUCUCUGAACUUCAAGAACUGGACGUUCUGGACUUAACCACAGAAGAAAAAGCUGAAAUUUGAACCCUCCCUGUCAAGGCACUGCCUCCCAUCUUUUCCUCACUGGAAGACUCCUCGGUCCCACCUCCCACAUGCGGACUUUUGCGGGGAGUUUCGGGGCAUAGGGAACACGUCCCAUGCUGCCUGUGAGUGUGGACACAGCAAGGUUCCAGCAGCAGGAGACUUGGUUCCUUGUAGGUCAUUGUAACAUGUGCCCCUCUGUGCCGUCUGUCUCAUCCUGCCUGCCCUCCAUCUCCAGCCCUACUUCCUGGGCUUCUCGCACGUCCCAGGGCCACCUCGCUGCCAGGGAAGAAAGCCAGGACUAGCGACAGCGUGGGGCAGUGCUUGUUCCCGAGAGCGAGGCCGUGGACUGGGCCGGAGCCGGCAGGGGAGAUGGCACCUGCACCGGCCCCUUGGCAUUCUCCUCACGUUUCCAGCCCCUGGAAGGAUUGAUGCAUCUGCCUUUGAGCUUGCUGUGAACGCUCAGGGGCUGAAAAAUCGCUUUUGUGGGCCGGGGGUGGGGGAGGGGCCGAGGCUUCUCCGGGAGGUGUCCCCUGCGCGGCCACGGCCGCGGGCUUGGCAUCUUAAUGAGGACAGAGCCCUGACCAGAGAGCGAGGAGGAGGCUUCUGGGCGGGGGUCCUGGCCGCUGCUGGCGAGGGCUGUAACAGGAGCAGAUCCCUGGGCCACCCGGACACCCGAGCACGAAAUGCCACUGGAGGGCAGUGGCCUGGGCCCCCGGAGCCCUCCUGCUGGAGCGAGGACGGGCCCCUCUCAGCUCACUGGCCCCAGCCCCUCACCCCAAGCACAGAGCUACCUAUGAGCCUGGCCUGCGGCCGGCCCUGCCAGCGUGAGGGGCUGUGGCUGGCCUGACUGGCCUGGUCAGCGGAGCACAGACAUCCCUGUGGGCUUCAGGACUAAAUCCUGCCUUUGUGGUUUUGCUUCCUUUUUUAAGGAUUUUUUUUUUUUUUUUUUAAGACCCACAAAUGUUUUUAUUCAAAGAGAAAAGAGCUGUGUUGGGACUGCCGGCCUCGGCUGGGGUCAGGGAUCAGGGCGGCCGCUCGAGCUGGGCUGGGAGGGCAUCCGGAGCUUGGCGUGGGUUUGGCCCCAUGCCGGCCUCCCAGCCCUGAGGACUUUCGAGAAGAGCUCAGUGGGUCUUCCAUGUCAGAGGAAGCCUUUGCUGUCCUGUGGCCGUCAUCCCUCCUGUCUUUCUGCCUGGAGGCCCUGGGUCUCUUCCGGGGCUGUUAUUACAGGAUGAGCUACGUAUGGAGUCUCGUGCUGAGCGGGGUUCCUGAGCCAAAGCUGCUCAUGGAGGGAGGGCUUUGGGGGGAAGGGUCUUCUGGUUAGAUGUGAGGCUUCAGGGCUCCUGUUGCUGCCAAAGCAGACCCUGGAGAGUCUCCCCAGCACAGGCCCUGUGUGGCUUCAUCUCACGGUGUCUCUAGAACUCUCAUCACUGAUAGGUGGGUAAAGGGUUGGAAGCCGGGGGGCAGCUGGGCAUGAGGAAGGCCAGGCUUCCAACGGGGCUCUAAGGCAGCACGGCCUAAGGGGGAAGCUAGUUCCUUUGGGACUAAGGAGCUGUGAAGGAGACCGAAGUCAGACUGUACAGGCCCUAUGCUGCCCAUGGGGACGCAUCAUCAUCACGUCCACCGUAAGCGUCUGCCUCUCUGGAAUGAUCACGGCCAAGCAAAGAGGAGCAGAGAGGGAGCACUGGCCUUCUUCCUCCCCGGCUGUGCUCUCUGCGCACAGUCGACGCGUCAACAAGGCGGGUAUAAAAAGUGAAAAGGUUUUUGGAGGGGGAGGGAAGCAGAGAGUAGACGCUGUGGGCACUCCCUGGGGGCAAGCUGAGGAUGUUAUUCCUCCUGGGGGGAUGUGCCGCGGCUGGGGCUCCCUCUCCAGUGUCUCUGUCUCCUGUCUGUGAAACGAGAGGUUCUGUUCACCUCUGGGUCCUGCAGGGUCUGACAUGGUUCGAUUCUCCUGGCAGGGGCUCACUGUGCUGUGUGGUCCUGGGUAGUGCCCUGGAAGGCCAGGGGGGUCCUCCUCGGGGCUGGUGGGCCUGGGGGCUGGUG